AGGAUGAAGAAAUCCCAACUGAAAGGAAAUCAUUCACCACCACCACAAAUUCAGAUUCUAAGGAGCCUAAAAUAUCCACCACUUCUCCCAAUAAUUGGCUCACUGAUUUCCACCCUCAAGAUAUUAUUCAAUUUUUAAUCAUUAAAAAAAUAAAAAAAUAAAAAAUCUAAAGGCAAAAAAAAAAUUGAAUUUGAAUCCCAGCUCAGAAACAUAGAUGAUCUGAAUUAAGAUACCAGCUCAAUUGAAGGAGUGAAGAUGGCAGCAGUUACUUCAAUCAGCACAAACCCAUCAUCUUCAUCUUCCCUGUACAAUAAAUUUCAUCCUUGUUCUUCGAGUUUCUUUGCAACAAAAGUUGCUACACUAUCCAACACAAGAGAAAGCUCAAGCAGAUAUAGAUCACUCAUAAUCCAAAAUGGUACUGCAACCAAACAGGCAAAUACACCAGCUGAAGUAGACUGGAAGAUCAAGCGGCAACUUCUGCUCGAGAAAAAGGUAAGAAGUGUUGAUGUGAAGGAAGCAUUGCGACUUCAAUCAGAAAAUAAAUUUGUCAUUCUCGAUGUACGACCAGAGGCAGAGUACAAAGAGGCUCAUCCAGCAGGUGCUAUUAAUGUGCAAAUAUACAGGCUUAUAAAGGAAUGGACAGCUUGGGAUAUAGCUAGAAGGGCUGCAUUUGCUUUCUUUGGCAUCUUUUCCGGAACAGAAGAGAACCCCGAGUUUAUACAAAGUGUAGAGUCGAAAUUACCAAAGGAUGCAAAGAUUAUAGUGGCUUGUUCAGCUGGAGGAACAAUGAGGCCGACACAAAAUCUUCCGGAAGGACAGCAAUCGAGGUCGUUUAUAGCAGCGUACUUGUUGGUACUCAACGGGUAUACAAACGUGUUUCACUUGGAAGGAGGGCUUUACAAGUGGUUUAAAGAAGAUUUGCCGACAGAAUCUGAAGAAUGAAGUCAAACCGAAAGAAAAAAGGGAGUGUUUUUGGAUGAGAUCAUUGUUGUUCCUAAAUAGGAUUGUUUUUAGAUGUUAUUGUGUAUCGAUGAUAGUAGUUAGUUCGAUGACAAAUUCAUCAGACCAAAUGGCCACAAUGUUUCAAUUUCACCAA